AUGGAUGAGGACAUUCUGAAAACUUUGGAAACUGAUGAAAGCAGCAUGGACAUGAUGACAAUGAUGAUGCAAAUGGAAAAGUUUCCUGAAUUCCACCCUCCUUUUUAUAACAACAACAACAUUCUCCAUAUCAAUCUUAACAACACAUAUAACGAGCUCCCUUAUGGAAACUCAAACGUAACUUAUCCACAACCACCACUCUCUUAUCCUCAACAACCAAUGACACCGUCUAUUCAACACAACGGAGUUCAAAUUCCAUCCGGGAGAAUCAACAAUGCUUUGUUCUCGUCGUACUCUGAUAAGAAGAACUCAAUGGCAAUCAUGAGAGAGAUGAUAUUCCGUAUGGCGGUUAUGCAACCGGUUAAUAUAGACCCAGAAGCAAUCAAGCCACCAAAGAGAAAGAACGUGAAGAUUUCAAAGGAUCCACAAAGUGUAGCAGCGAGACACAGACGAGAAAGGAUUAGCGAGAGAAUAAGAAUCUUGCAGAGAUUAGUCCCUGGUGGAACUAAAAUGGACACAGCUUCAAUGUUAGACGAAGCAAUACAUUAUGUGAAGUUCUUGAAGAAACAAGUUCAAACGUUGGAACAAGUUGGAGCAAAUAGACCUAUGAAUGUUGUUGGUUUUCCAGGAAUGGUUUCUAAUGGAAACUCUAACUACAACUCUUCUUUUCUUAGAGGUUGUUCAUCACCUUGUCAAAUGGUGGGUCCCACUUCCAAACAAAUGCUUAGUUGA